AUGUUCAGCCCCGAGGCGUACGCCCUCGCGGAGGGUCUGGUGUCCAAGGCGUACAUAAACCAAGGGUCUCAGGCCACCGCUCGCAGGUCCAAGCUCGUCACCUCGCUCCUCUCCGAGCGUCGCCUUCCCAAAGAUGGCUGGGACGACCACAGCAUAGAGAGUUUCCUCUCCGAGGCGGCCAUGAUGGACUCCAACAACUUCCUCGACAACGUCGGGGUGGGCGAGCGCGAGGCGAGGGUGUACAGUCCGCUGGUAGCGCGCAGGCACUGGAACCUGGCGCACGGCAUCGGCCGCUCGGGCGACGUCGCCGCCGAGCAGCCAAAAGCCGCCGGCUCGUCCCUGCUCAACAAGCUCACGAAUCUCCUCGUCGCGGACGCCAUGCGGAUCGCGGGCCUCGAGGACAUGGGCCCCGCGUUGGUCCUACCCCUCGCCACGGGCAUGACCCUCACGUUGGUGCUGCUCGCCGUCAAGUCCAAGCGCCCGAAGACCGCGACCAAGGUGGUGUGGUGCCGCCUGGACCAGAAGACCUGCGUCAAGGCGGUGCUCUCCGCCGGGCUCGAGCUCGUCGUCGUGUCCCCCAAGCUCGUCGGCGACCAGCUGUGCACCGACCUUGACGCCGUUCGAGCCGCGGUGGAAGCCGCGGGCCCUGCCAACGUGUGCUGCGUCGUCACGUCCACCUCGUGCUUCGCGCCGAGAGCCGGCGACGCGUGCUCGGACGUCGCGAAGAUGUGCGCCGAGCUCGACGUCGGCCACGUCGUCAACAACGCGUACGGGGUCCAGGCGACUGCGCUGUGCAAGGAGGUGACGAAGGCCUGGCGGCGCGGACGCGUGGACGCCGUGGUCCAGUCGACGGAUAAGAACUUCAUGGUCCCGGUGGGGGGCGCGGUGGUGUGCAGCGGGAAGGGAAACACCGAAAUCGUCGACGCGGUUAGAAAGUCGUACCCGGGACGGGCGUCCAUCUCACCGGUGUUGGACCUGCUCAUCACCCUGCUGUCCAUGGGUUCGCACGGGUGGCAGCGGUGCCUCGAGGACAGGGGUGACGUGUACGGGUACAUGCGGACGAAGCUCGGCGAGUGCGUCGGAGAGUUUGGGGAGCGCCUGCUGGACACCCCGGGGAAUCCCAUCUCCAUCGGCGUGUCGCUCGAGACGCACGCGAAGCUGAGCGAAGACGGAAAAGACGUGAGCUUCUUCGGUAGCAUGCUGUUUUCGCGGUGCGUGUCCGGCACGAGGGUGGUGGCGCCGGGGAAGAGGCAAGACGUGGGCGGGGUCGUGUUCGACGGCUUCGGGGCGAGCCAUGACGCGUAUCCGGUGCCUUACUUCACGGCGGCGGCGGCGCUGGGCACGACGCGCGAGGACGUGGACAGGUUCUGCGCCCAGCUGAGGAAGUGCUUCAAGGAUUUCAGGAAAAAAGCGGCGAAGAGGGGGCGGGCGGGAGACGGGGACGCGCUGGACGCGGCGGCGGACCGGCUCGCGGGCGUGAACCUGGGCGGCUCGUAA